UUGCUGGAAAUGAGGCUGCUCCAAAGUCCUCAACUUUCCCCACCACCCUCAGGCCCCAGGCUGGCUCAGUUCCUCAUCUGGCUCCUGGCUCUAUAAGUAGGCGAUUGUCUGACGCCACCUUCAGUCAGGGCGGCUCCCACCAAGAGGCUCUGACCCACUGCUGCCCCAGGAAGAGCUGGAGACAGGAUGAUGGCCAGACUAUACCCUGUGAUAGUGGUGCUGUGGCUGCUGGCAGGGGUCUCCAGGUUUGGCGAAGGGACUUCUAAUCCUGGCUUUGUGGCCAGGGUCUCCAGAAAAGGCCUGGAAUACGCCUGCCAGUAUGGAGUAACCAUCCUGAACAAGCAGCUGUCCAACCUCAGGUUGCCUGAUUUCUUGGGAAGCUACAAGGCUGGUUGGUUUGGAAGUGUGAGCUAUGAGCUUCACCGCCUAAAGAUCCAUCACUUCAGACUCGGGGACUCAGGACUGGAUCUCCUUCCGGAGCAUGAUGUGGGAGUCUCUCUGUCCAACAACUUCCUACAGGCCGGGGGGAGCUGGAAGGUGGAGAAGGAGUUCAUCACCCUCAAGGGGACCUUUGAUCUGAGGAUGGACAUCUCCAUCUCUGCUUCUCUGAGCUUGGGCAAGGACCAGGCUGGACGGCCCACUGCCUCCGUGGCCCAGUGCAGCAACUCCAUUGGCCAUGUCAGCAUUGACAUCUCUGGAAGCUUAAGCUGGAUUUUCAAUCUCUUCCAUGAAAAAAUUGAACAUGGUAUCAAAAGUCUCUUGGAACAAGAGGUCUGCAAAGAGAUCAGGAAGUUGGCAGGCUCCUACCUGGAACCAUACCUCCGCACUCUGCCAGUCACCACGGUGAUUGAUCAGUUUGCUGGUAUUGACUACAGCUUGGUAGGAGCUCCGCAGGUGACUGCUGAAGGCCUGGACACAUCCUUCAAGGGUGAAUUCUUCAGCCUAAGACAACGCAUCCCAGUCCCAUUUGUUGCCCCAGCCAUCAGGCUGCCCCAGCGACACGACCAUAUGUUCUAUUUCGCCAUGUCUCAAUACAUGUUCAACACAGCCAGCCACGUCUACCAAAAGGCUGGGCGUACACGCAUCAUCAUCCAAAACAACCAGGUGACUAACUUAACAAACCUUACAAGCCAGUCAGCUAGAAAAUGGUGGAAGCAAAACUUGAACUUAAGCUGUCUGAUCUCAAACUCUACAAGCCUAACUGCUAUGGUUUCCUGCCUCUCGAGUAACUUCCUACGGCUGCUGCUGCAAGUCCCCACUGACUCCCCAAUUUCCCUGCAAACCAACUUACUCCAGAGACUGUUUCCACCGUUGGCCAGGUUGUUUCCUGAUAUGGAGGUAGAGUUUGAGGCAUCACCGGAAUCACAGCCAUUACUGACGUUCACCCCUGGGAACGUGACCUUCAUGCCAGUGAUGGACAUCCGAAUCUCUGCCCUCCAGAGCAACUCCUCUGCCCGCAGGCCACUCUUGCAUCUUAUGGCGAAAGCCAACAUUUCUGCCACCAUCAGUGUGAGAUCAGGCAGAAUCUUUGGUUCCGUGGCCUCAGGAAGUAAUCUGAAGCUCGAGCUGAAGCACUCCAGUGUCAGUUACUGCUGCGUAAAGUUGAUAGAAGUCAUCAUCAACCACUUUGUAUUCAAGGUCGUAUUACCCUCUCUCAAUGCAAAACUUCAGGAGGGCUUCUCUCUCCCUCUUCCAAACAACACCUUCAUCAGCAGUCUGGAGUUGCAAAUUCACAAGAACUUCUUGCUCUUAGCAGCCAACAUUAAUUAGGCCAGAGGAAUGGACGAUACCACAGACGGACCUGCUUCUGACCUUGCGGGCUGAGGACACUCCGCCUCUUCUCCCAUGGACAAGGUCACCAAAGAACUCAUGACAACUGAAGACAGACCUGACGGCCAUGGGACACAUUCCACAUUGCUGUCCUCCUUCUCCUUUCCACACCCCUGCUUUCUCUUAGUACCUGAGCUCAGCCUGGCUCAGGCCUCAUCUGCCUCUAGAAUCAACUUCCAUGAAGGAAAUUGUGUGAGCACUGGUCAAUCCCCAUGCAGCCCAUCCUAUUCAACAUUAAAUACGUAGAACAGC